GAAUCUCUACAAUAAAUGAAAUGUAUACAUAGACAUAGCCUUCUAAAUUGAAACAUUAAAUAGAACACACAAGUCGUGGUUUAUAUUCAAUUAUUCACUAUAUCCAGGCUUCAUAUAAAGGCACCCUGCAUCUGUGUCUAUAUUCACUUAAGACACGUUCAGCUUGCGUAUCGCAUGCGUUCUGGGUAUGCACUAAGUACGACUGCUGAAUCAAUUGGACUAGCCUUCUUUACCUACGCCAUACCUUGCACUUGACCUAUAGCGAAUUUUUGGUUAUCUUGAACGAAAAUGCCGAUCAUCGAGGAGGAAACGUACCUCGUGUUGGAUGUGGAUACCCCAUUCGGUCCUGACUACAAUAUUUCGGAAGUCAAUGCCACCUUCAUGGAUUUCGAUACUUCAGAGCCCGUGAUGUUCCUAAAUGGAACGGCAUGGGCAGGGGAGUAUCACGAUACUGUAGGAAGUGACUUGCUCUUUGUUAACCCGAAUCAGGAUGACGUGGAGAUAAAGCUCAGUGGGGUGUCAUACAAACAGGUCAAGUUCAUACCGGUCAUGGUCAUGGCUGAGGAUAAAACAGACGAGCAUGUGAAGUCCACCAACGAUAGUGCGCAACCUACUAGCGAGGGUGCGACAACAGUUAAUAAUGAGCAAACUGGAGUUGACAGGUGACAUGACUGAACUACCGGAUAUUACUUGUUCCGUGUGUAUUUGACCGAGCUAUGCCCAGACAUUUGACACGCUCACUCAACAUUUGGACAGCUACCUCACAUUUGGCAGAUGAUUUGUGUGGCAGUUAAACCAAAACAUUGUCUAUGCAGGGUCACCCUCUAUCGAUGAUAUGCAACGAUCCUGUCACAAAUGUGUCAGAGAACAUAUCUGGAGUUGUUGAAAUCCAAAUUCGCCGAAGAGUUUACGUUUGCUUUGUGCUGGACAUGAUCAGAUACGCUUUACUAAUAGACAAUGUGGAUCUGACCUUCAAAGUGAAAUCCUUAUAUUUUAUAGCCUGGGCCGCGCGUCUAUCGCGCGAAUUACUAGAUAUGCACCAUUCGUCGAAAUAGAGCUUAAGUGAUUGUGCGCACUAUCAACGUCGUCAGUCAGUCAUCUAUCCGACUCAACCAAGCUGGAAGGCUUCGCUGGCGAUAUAGCACUUACUAGCAGUACAUUGCAGUAGAUGGGUAUAUUUAUCCGUUUUGGUGAUGGAUGGAAUUCAUAGAAAUACAUAAUGUAGAUUUGAGCACACUUCAGCUCUCUCCAUCAUUCACUAACCAUGCUGAGAUAAUUGCGACACAAAUGGGAAAGAAAAAAUGCACAAUCUACGAAAUAAAAAGUUUU